AUGAGAAUGCAACAUCCUGCGACGCCAUCCGAAGCGUACGGAAGAACAAAGAGGUGUCUGGCCACAGGGAAACAAACGGAUUUGGCUUUCCCUUGGUUGGUUUUUAAACGCCUCUUGCUAUCCGUUAGCUCCCGAGCUGGUGCGGCAAGGCGCUUGAUGGGUGGAAUUGGGCGGGAUGAGCCGAAAGGAUGUGCCAGGGCAAGCAAGAAGCCGGCGGAACGGAGAAAGGGAUGGAAAAUGGAAAAGGAGAAAAAAAUAUCAGUUGUCGCCAAUUCUAUCCCAUCCGUCUAUAAGAUUAACGCCAAACGGAAAGAGACCCAAGAGAGGAAAAGCCAUUUUUUGAGGGGACAAAGGAAAAAGACGACAGGGAUGUUGAAGGUAUGGGAAAGGCGAUUUGAUAUUGUUGGGGACCAGGUGCGUAGGUUGAUGUAUCGGGAGGAAGCCGGACGAAUCGGUAUAAAGCAGGUCGACAAGGGAGGCUGGACUGUCUAG